GGUUCAGAAAAUGUUGGAAUUUUUGAAAUUAUCCAUUUAAAAGCGCAGUAUACUACAGUAUAGCUAAAAUAUUGUGAAGAUAUUUAAAAUAAUUGACAGAAUAUUGGACAUUUCUCAAAAUGUAAACAUUUUAUGUGAUUCUCCGAUCAUUCAGGAAGAUUGUAAAUCAGUGUGCAGCUUAUACUUAGCCCAUGGUUUGUUAUUGAUUGAAAUAAAAUAAAAAUGAAUAAAACAAAGGUCACAACGCGCAAAGGCUCAAAAACCAAAACUAAAAAGGAAUCUCCAGAAGUAUUUGUCUUGCCUCCAAAUCUAUUGGAAAAGUUGGGCAUUAAUUUAGGAAAUUAUGGAUCACCAACAGGAAGUAUCUCAAACUCUCAAAUUACAGAUUUAAAUGUUACUUCCAAAGAGAGUGGACACUGUGAAAAUAAAUUAUCCUUUAAAGAAGAUUUCGAUUCACAUGUCCCCACUUCUGUUAUCCAAUCAUCUUCAGAAAUAAAAUCAACAUCAAUUAUAGAAACUGCAGAAUUGAUGAAAAAGUCAGUUUUUUUGAGUCCAACUUUUAUUUCAAACAAUACAAGUGUCAUCCAAGGAGAAAUAGAGAUCGUUGGAAAUGUUGUAGUAGAAAGCACAGAAGUAGUUAGUGCUGGAUUUGUAAAUGAAGAAAAUAUAAUUGAAAAAACUGAAGAAGGGUCCAUAGACGUGCACCGAGAACAUGUAUCUUUGUCUAACGUACAAAAAAUGAGUCCAAUUUCCUCAAAUACUCAGGAGAAUAAACAAUGUGAUCAGAUUUUCAACGGCAAUAUUAAAAUGCACGAUCUCGAAAUGCAAACACUUAUUGAUGAUCACGCAGAUGAAGCCUAUUCUUCGGAUUGCAGUAGCAGUAAUAAUGGAUGCUCUGUCAAACAUGAUUUGAGUAAAUCCACUGUAAAUAAAAUCAAUAUAAUUUCAGAGGAAAUAAUUUAUCCAUCCCAGUUAUAUAAAUUAAAAAAUAAUAAUUUACCAAAAGAAAAUUCAUUUAUUCAUGUUCCGAUAAAUACUACAAUAAAAAGUCACAACAAAAACAGCGUUCGACAAGACGACUUAACUGUGGAUUUAAUAUCUAAUGAAACUGGAAGUGUUGAACCAGUUGAAAUGGUUCGUGUUAAUGAAUAUGACAUAUUUGAGGAGAAUUUUAGAAAAGAAGAUGACGUUUCCAAAGAAGGUUUUGAAAUGUUACAGAAUAUGACCAAAAUUGAUCUAUGCACUGUUUUGAACACAACUGAGUCCGAGUUCAUAAUGACUACUCAAAAUGAGGUAGAUCCUCCACAAAAUCUUGAAGCAUUACCAAUUCCACACAAACAAGAAGUGAUUUUAGAAGAUCAAGUGGCAAUUGAUACUUCUGUAAUUGUACCAUGUCAAAUUGAUUUUGUGUUCGAAAGUAAUUUAAUGUUAGAGCGGGGAAAUAUUAGUGCGCAAAGAAAUACAUGUUCUGAGCAUGGUGGCAAUGCAGUUAAAGAAGACUCUUUUGAAGUAAAUGCAAGUUUCUCUAGAAAACACAAAAAUAAUGAAGUUAUUUUAACUAAUGCCAUAUCGAAUGAAGAUAAAUCUGAUAUGUCGCUAGAUAAAAAUAAUGUAACGCCGCAUGUUAUUAAAGCUGUAAAUGAAAUUCAAAUUUCGCCUGGUAAUCAAUACUCUCAAAUGAAAGCUUGUUUACAAAGUGAGAAAACGGCUUCUGAUAGGGACACUAGCCAGGAUGCACUCGAGAGUAGGACGGAUGCUAACAUAUCAGAAAAUAAUGUUGUUGAACUACUGAGUACACUGCAAAACGGAGAGGCCGAUUUGAUAAACCCUGAUCAGAAUAUUUCUUUCAUGGAUGAUCGGGAUGAUGGACAGGUUUCGUUUCGUAAUUCAGUCACAAACAAUGUGAUGAAAAGUGAAGGUGAAUGUCUACGAUCUAAACCAACACGAAAAACCACCGAUGAAAAUAAAGCCAGCAAUCCCAUAGAAACUUCACUAAUAAGUAAACACAUGCAGGACGAAAACAAUGCCGUUCAAGAAACAUCUGCAGGAAGUCCCAUUGUAUAUUUCAAACAUUAUAAGAAACAAGUUUGUGAGCAAAACGAACUUGUUGAAAACAGAAAUGAACGAAAAAAUAGCAAGAAUACACCUGAUGCAUGUAAAAAUGUUAGUUCUCGAGAGAGGAAUAAUCUGGAUCUUCACUACGUGAAUAAAGCUGCUGUUCAUGAGGACAAGAUUAGAGAAAUAGCUAAAUACUUAAGCGAAUUUGCUGACUUAAAAAAGAGAAAUCAUUUUAUGGAAAGAAAUAAAACGGUUGGGGGCAACGCAGUGAGUAAUAAGAAAAACAUCACCUAUUCGAAAUCGUCCAUUCAAGGUGUUGAAAAACCGGGUGGUUCAGGAAUAACCAAAGUAAUUCAAAAUUACCCGCCUACUAAAACGUAUGAACGUAGAGGUAGACAGGGCUGGAAAAAUAUUACUGUGUCCACUUUUAAAGGUUCUAACACAUCUACACACGCCAUAGAUCUGCCUGAUCGAACUAUUAAUAUUUGUAAUGAAAUAGAAGUAUGUCUUUGCCAUGAUUUUGGCCGAUUAAUGUCGUAUGAUGAUGUAAACAGUUAUGAACAUAUUCAUUUCUGGAAUAAUGCAAGGAUGGAAUGUACGCCUGAUCUCAUAUUUAGUAUUUAUAGUGAAGAUGAUGCUCCUGUAACCAUUGAUGAUGAUAUAAAAGACUAUCCUAUUGAUGUUUGCGAUGAAGUCCCUUAUAGAUUGUGUUGGAACGAAAUUAAACCUAUCAAUAAAAAGGAAACAGAAAACAAUGUUACAUCAAGGGUAUAUAUCGAGCAUAUAUGGAAGAAUGACGAUAAAAAGCAGGAAGCUGAAAAGAAGCACAUGGUUGAAAAUACAAUGCUAACUGUAAAUAUCUUACAAAACUGCGGAGGGAUAACAAAUGAUACAGAUGAACCUUCUUCAAAAACUGGACAGAAGCGAAAACUUUCUUCUGUCGUUCCUCCCGAUAAUGGAGAACCACCAGCGAAAAAUAAAAAACAAGGAACACUUACACAGUUACUGGAAACUAAAGAAACAUGUGCUUAUAUUGAGGAGCAACAUACUUCAACGAAGUCUGUGAAGAACAUUCCAGUUAAAAACAGCCCUCCAAAAGAUACAUCUUGUGGUAGUACGACACUUUUUGCAACGGAUCGAGAACAUGAUACUGGGGCAUGCAUUCCGGCAAAUAACUCUAGGACUGAGCAUUUUGAUUCGCCAUUAACUUCAAUAAAUGAGGUCAAAAUUCACUGUCGAUCAAAGACGCAACUGCCGACAGAGAAUAAUAAGUCUAUCAUUUGUGGGGUCUGCCAACUAAGUGUUGAAGGCGAUUGGAUACAGCACAUCUCUUCAAAACAUGAUUAUCUGGCUUGGAAAUUGGGAGAACCGUCGUUGGAUAUCCACAAUGAUGUUGCGCUUCGUGAACACUUGAGCGAGAUCACGAAGACGGGUUGUGGGCUCACGUGCGGUAAAUGCGGACUCACUAGGAAAUAUGUAAAAGCUUACUUGAGCCACGUGAGAAGAUGCUCGGGAUCAAAAGCUGAUUGUUCAUCUGAACUGCGGUCUAGCGAGGAACUAGUAGAAUCUAGAGUCAAAAUUAAAGAACAGCCUGCCGACGAUCGAGCCGGCCAAGUCAUAUGUGCCGUGUGUGAAGAAUCUAUGCAGGACUCGGAAUGGAAUGAACACAGAUCAUCUCGACAUGAUUAUCUAGCUUGGAAAUGUGGAGAAUUACCUGUGGAUUUGCAAGAUGAGGCCGCAGUUAAAGCCCACUUAUAUGACAUAACGAAGGCGUAUGGUGGACUGACGUGCGGUAAAUGUGGACUCACCAGGAAAUAUGUCAAAGCUUACUUGAGCCAUGUGCGAAACUGCACUGGGUUGAGCGAGUCUCAAAACGAUAGCGCUUACAACGUCUCAUCGGAGGUUAUCCCGAAACUGGAAUCUAGUUCUUUUACUGAAGUAACUGACGAAAAUGUAGCGGAUACGAAUGCUGGUCCAAUAAAAUGUGGAGUUUGCGAAGAAUCGGUACGGACGGAAGACUGGAAUCAUCACAUAGGCUCACACCAUAACUACUUAGCAUGGGAACAUGGAAAUAUGCCUUUGGACAUAUGUGAUGAGGAAGCAGUUCGAAAUCACUUAUACGAGAUCACGAAGGCACGUGGCGGCCUCACGUGCUCUAAAUGUGGACUAACCAGAAAAUAUGUUAAAGCCUACUUGAGUCAUAUUAAAAGCUGUGAAGGACUUAACGAAUCACAAAAUGAUAGUACAUAUAACGUUUUAUUCGAUGAAGUGAAGUUACCCGAAAGGUCUAGUGAUACAAAAGUCGCAACUAAAAUAGCAAAUGCGAAUGACUUGGUUAAAUGCGCGGUGUGUAAAGAAUCUGUGCGAGAAAAAGACUGGAUUAGCCACAUAGCCUCACAACACGAUUACUUAGCAUGGAAAGUUGGAGAUACAGCUUUGGAUAUAUGUGAUGAGGAGGCAGUUCGAAAUCACUUAUACGAGAUCACGAAGGCAUGUGGCGGCCUUACGUGCUCUAAAUGUGGACUAACCAGAAAAUAUGUCAAGGCUUAUUUGACACAUUUCAAAAACUGCAGUGGCGUUGAUGAAUCACAGAAUACCAGUGCUUGCAACACCUCAACCGAGUCUGAUGUGGACCUGGUUGACUUGGCUAACAGUUCCACAAGCAAUAAAAAAUCACAUGAGUCUCUAGUAAAAUGUGGUGUUUGCUCGCAGGAUGUUCAAGAAACAGAGUGGAAUAAUCAUAUAGGCUUUCUACAUAAUUAUCUCGCUUGGAAAUGUGGAGAGGAGAGUUUGGGUGUGGCCGAUGAGGAAAAAGUCCGGAAGCACUUGGUAUGCAUUAAAAAAGAGACCGGCGCCCUGACGUGUGCGAAAUGCUGUAAAAAUAUAAAAACUGUAAACAAAUACAUGAGACACGUUGAGUCUUGCGGAGGAAUAAGUAGUAGUGAUUUGAAAGACAGCUCUCUGGAUCUAGUGGUAGAGAGACAAGUGCAGGCGCUGACAACACCCGCAGACUCGGCGCUGGUGAAGUGCGGCGUGUGCGGGCAGUACUCGGCGCGCGACGACUGGACGCAACACAUGGCCGCCGGUCACGGAUACCUGGCUUGGAAAGACGGCGAACCUCCUUUAAAUUUAAACGAUGAAGAGGAAGUACGAGUACAUUUGCGUAACAUUAUUAUUGAAAUCGGAACUCUGACCUGUCAGAAAUGUGAUCUGCCGUGCAAGUCUGUUAAGUCCUACUUACAUCAUGUGAAGAAGUGCGAGGGCGUAAAGGAGGAGGAGAACCAAAAUAAAUCUGCAUUGCCAAAAGUUGAAAAAGCGAUUACUUUCAAAUGUGGAGUGUGUAAGGAUGUUGUAAUAAGUUUACUCUGGGCAAAGCAUUUGUCUGAAAUGCAUGAUUACCUCGCUUGGAAGGAGGGCGAUGCUCCUUUGAACGUGGACGACGAUGAAGAGGUUCAUCAACAUUUGUCCAAUUGCAGUAAAGAAUUUGGGAGUUUGGACUGCAAAUACUGUGGAAAAAAUCGGAAAUACGCGAAAUCCUUUUUGGAACACAUAAAGGCCUGCAAAAUUGGUGGUAUAAGGGAAAGAGCCCCAGCUGCCGUUGUUGAUUUCGAUGACGUAGACUUCGCAAGCGGCGGGACCUGCGCCGUUUGUGACAAGGAAGUGGAGGCCGGCAAGUGGAUACAGCAUACGCAGAAAGAACACAACUACCUAGCAUGGAGAAAAGGAGAAAGGGCUUGGAACUUGGACGAUUUUGAAGACGUGAACCAGUAUUUGUACGUAAUCUGCAAAAGGAUGGAUGGUUUAACCUGUAACAAGUGUGGCUUGGUGAGAAAAUAUGUGAAAACUUAUUUGACACACAUCAAAAAUUGUGAUGUCGUCGACACGUCAGUUGCUGAAGGAAUCGGGCCUUCGAACAAAGAUGAAAAUCAGUGCGCCAUGUGCAAAGAAGUGGUUAAGUCGAAAGAUUGGAAAACUCACGCUAUAGAAAAUCAUUACAAUGUAACUUGGAUAGUCGGCGAAACUCCUAUUGAUAUCAAAAACGUUUACGCUGUAGAGAGAUUUCUAAAAGAAUAUAAACAAAUCAAGGGUAAUUUGAAAUGUAAUGCGUGCGGAACCACUCGGGCGUCUUUUGCUGGCUUUUAUGCGCACAUCAUAAUAUGUAGAAAAACAGAGGAGGAAAUAGACAUGUAUCGAUCCCUGUGUAAUAUAUGCAAUAAUAAAUAUCUCUGCAUAUAUAAGAAUCAGCAUGCAAUGAUGCACAGGGUACAGACGCUCACAGCGGAGGCCAAAAUAAAACCAAAUGAGGAAAAGAAAGAAAUUAAUCUAACGGGCAAGAGGCGCGCUGCUGUAAAGGCGCGGUCAGUAAUAGAAAACUAUAGUGACAACAUGAGCAAGCAUUCACAUUCGUGUAAAUCAUGUGGGUUUGGUACGGAUUUCAAAGAGGAAUUAAGGAAGCACAAAUGCGAAGUGUCGAACGAAAAAGACUUCAGUGGAGACGAGGACUCUGCCGCCGAGAUAGGAAGCUCAGAGGAAGAAUCGGAUGACACCGACGUCGAUUCCAAUAUUUCUAAUGAGGUAAAUGACCGUGGAGACGACGACGACGAUGAUGAUGAUGACGAUGACGAGCUUCAAGCGAAAAAGAAACGGUAUAGAGAUCCUGCGCCCGUAUUGUCGAAAGUGACACGUAUUCCCUUCAAAGUUGAUGAUGUCAAUUCAUAUAUACGUAAUGGCGAUGAAGAUUUUUGUAAAACUUAUUUGACCGAUGAAGUAUUGUUCCCUCGAUGGCAAUGUCAACACGAACCCGUACUCGAACCUGAACUGACGAGAUACAUGCCGCCAUUGGAGCACUCUUGUAAAUUCAAAACUGAUUCUGCUUGGACAACUUUGAAGAGGUUCCAAGCUUUAGAGGACGACAAUGGUACCAGUAUAUUCGUGGGUGCUAGCAUUGUGUGUGUCGCCUGGGCGCCGCCGCGAGUAGAGGAUAUGUCUGACGGGGCCUCCAACUUCCUGGCUAUAGCUUGCCACAACGGUCCGGACUGCCCGCGUUACCAAGGAGGAGAAACGCCGAAACACGAAAAUCUAAUACAAAUAUGGACUUUCAACAAUUUUCGAGGAUUACCGGAGAUAGUGUUGGGUAUAGCACACGACUUUGGGACGGUUUGGUCGAUGGACUGGUGUCCGUCGGGCGCGAGGGACGCCUUGACGGCCGAGAACGCGGCGAGUCGUCUGGGGCUGCUCGCGGUGGCGUGCUCCAGCGGAUCCGCCUACAUUUUUGCUGUUCCCUAUCCGUCCACUGUAGUUAAGAAUAAUCAAAUUAUCCAGAAAUUGAAGCCAGUCGCGGAGUUAAGAAUGACUAUGGGCAGUAACAGAAAACCAUAUCAGGCAACUUCUGUUUCGUGGUCUAAACAAAAAGAACAUAAUCUAGUAUUAGUGGGUUACGCGGACGGUUCGACAGCCUAUUACGAUUUGCAUACCGACUCGCCAUUGUUGUCGGCGGUAGAAAAUAACGUUCAAGUGUUCCACCCGUAUUACGACGAACGGCCACACAACACCUGCAUUACAGGUACGGAUCUGUACCCGGUGUCCGGUGACGCGGCGGGAUCUGGCAGCGGCGUGUGGACGGCGCCGACCGGCGCGGAGCUGGCGGCGCGCGCCGGCACGGGCGCGCCGGGCCGCGCGCGGCUGGCCACCGCCUCGCUCGGCGUCACAUUCGCGCCCCAGGCCUGCACCGCCGUCAUUGCUGGCGACGACGCCAUCAUGCAAGCGUCCGUAAGCGAGCUGGUGUGGGUGCCGCCGGGGCGGCGCCUGGGCGGCACGCGCUGCGCGGCCGGCUGCGCGCGCUGCGGCCGCGUGGUCGCGUCGAUGCCGCCCACCCUGCGUAUCAUGCGCAUGCAUCCCUCCUUCUGCGACGCCAAGAAACAGGUUAUUGGAAUGUUAGAAAUGACACACCUCGCCGUGAAGAGAAAGAAAAAAGUCAACGAUGAGCUAUCUAUGACCAUAGAACCCUUGACUUAUGGUGACGCUGUCAGUAAAUAUGGAAUCGCGUUCACGAGAGUCGCCAAAAGUGAUAGGGUAAUGCAACAGCAAUGUUCGGCGAAGCCAAAGGCGCAUUGCCCGGAGAGAUUCCCUCUAGCAGAUGUCGAGUCCAUGGCCUUCUGCCCGUCUAAAAAGUUCCAUGACAAACUGGCUAUAGCCACACACUCCGGUAUACUGUUCCUAAUUACCACGAACUAAUAUGAUCAUAUUUUAGCUGUUGUUGCCUCCAUGAGCUAGAUUUUUUACGCUCGCUUGCGGCUCGUGCAAAUAAUUUAAAGCGACAUGCCUGUCAUAUCAAAUUGAGAUCAAUUUGUAAAGUUCAGACAGGUCCCUUGCUUCCGAAUGUUAAAGGUAUAUUCACUUUACAUCUUCUUGCGCUUUCCUGUUUGUAGCAUAGCCCACGAUUAAGUGUAACUAUGCCAAUUAUGUUUAUAAUUAAAAACGUUUUAAAAUGUCAAUCUCGUUCUGGUAUUGAUAUAAGGGUUAAAUCACCUGGCCUGUGUCAAGAUGUGGCUUCCCAUUACAGAAGCGUCCUUAAAGGGAGCAUAAGCUUCAAGUGCAAUAAGGACGUUUCCAUCUGAAAUUCUGAUAGAAACGUCCGUAUUGCAGAUGAAGCAUAAGGACCCUUAUCUGAUGGAAAGCCACAUAUUUAGAUAUACAUACUACAUACAUCCGGUUAUCCAUAUCCAUACCUACAGAUAAUUGAUGAGUUCAUGCUAUUAGAAGUAUUAGAACAAAUUAAAUUAUUUAAAAAAAUAUUAAUGAGUUCACGUUAAUAACCGCACGUCUUUUAGUCCAGUUUUGUCAAAAGCAGGAAUUUUUAAUUUAAAUUAUGUUGGCAUUUAAGGAGAGCCAUAUAUGUGCAAGUAUGUAAGGUGAGAUUAAUAGCCACGAUUAAACUGAAGAAAAAACAAUUAAAAAAUGCGUAGCCGUGUCUUGCCAAAAAUAUACCGGUUAAAAAGUUUAGAGUUGUUAUGUAAAUUAUGUUAUAAGUACUUGUUGUAUUUAAAGAUCGGUUGUCGCUGAGCUAUAGACCGGCAAGCCGAUUGGGAAACUGUUAUCGUACGUUUAAAUAUAAAUAGAAGUUGUAAAUAUUGUCAGCCUUAAUAUAUAAUUAUUGUUUACCAAAAGAGAUGCUGUUAUGUUGUAUAUAAGAGAUAUAAUUAUGGAUAGUAUAGGUUUAUACGUAAAUAAAGCGCAGCGUUGAUAGUAGAAUCGAUUGCAACAGUCGAAAGUGAGAGCACUACAGUAAUUUUGAAGUGUCCGGAGAUAAAGUCACAUUUUCAUUUAUCAGUUAUCAACUUAUCACAAUAUAUUUAUGUAAACGUGGCUGUUGAAUGUUGACGUCUAUAGGUGCAUAUUUUUAUCCAUAGCAGAUAAGAUUACUAUCGCAUUUCGCGCGCCAUCGAGCUAGAAUUGAGAUUUUUUUUAUUUAUUUGUUUACAGUAUGUAAAUGAUUCAUACAUGACUCAAACAUAUACUAAUGAGUAAUUAUUAGUUUCACAGCAAAUUACUACAAUGUCAAUAAGUUCAUUGACUACAACGCACAUGGAGGCUAGGCUAGUAGUACUACGUAACGUCUUCGUUGUAUUAUUCUGAAUAUUUUUAUUUAAAUAUCGGGGUUUUAAAGAUUUUACGAUUGUUUUGUCUACUGCGAUAACCUUUUAAAAUUGUGGAUUAUCUUACUCAUUAUGGAGUGUUUAUUUUUACUUAAUUAUAAUUAUGUAUGUCGCGAUUUCCAAGAUGUGUACUCAAUGUGGGUAGUCAUUAAUGCGCUACUGACGUAAAUAAUAUAGAUGAUUUUUUGCCUGAAAACGUCACAUACCUAUAGCUUAAUACACACGGCUUUACUGUACACGUUGUAUAGGCGUGAUGGCGUUAAAGUAUUAAUUUAUUACUGCAAUAUUUUUAUUAUAAUUUGAACUUCGGACUUGUUCUCACUGACUGAUAAACCGUGUUGUAUAAUGUUAACCUUUUGGCAUGUUUUAUUUUGUUUUACUUUUUAACCAUUUACCUACUGGUUUUAUUUAUGAUGUAAAUUUUAAACAGGUAUUAUACCAAAACUGUUAACGUCCCUAAUCAGUAACUUGUCUUCUCAUUUUUAAAAGUCGAAUAUCUUAUGACUAGAUAUCAUUACCAAAAUGUUAUUAAUACGCAAUAACUUUAAGUUGCUUAUUCACAGAACAUGGGAACAUAAGCUGGUUAUGCACCCAAUAUUGAUUUCUUGUAGCGAUGCUUCGAGCAACGCCGGCUUCCGACAUGUCGCCUGCACAUAGUCGCGCUUUUCACUCACUACAUACUAGAUCCAAUCUGUAAUGACGACACAAAUACAUAUAAAUGACACACGUCAAAGACAAAUCUUGCAAACCUAGAUCUCUUUUUGUGUACGGAUGAGUGACUAAACACUACAUGCAUCGCCAUAGGUACAGUUGUGCCUUUGCUUCGGCAGAGGGAAAUAGUACGAAUGCCGUCUCCUUUCCCGGUGUAACUCGAAGGAUGCUUACCUUACGUUUUAUUUAGGAAUCACAAAGUGCACAUGUGGUGCACUCUACAUAGAAUGCCCUCUGAUGAGUCUGAUGCUACCAAUACCGUUACGUUUUUGAUGUCUAAUUAACAAAUAUUUACAGAGUUUCCACUAAGCAGAGCUCGUCUAAGCUUAUUCUGCAUCGAAUUUGACAGAACGAAAUAUGGAAGUGUCAUUAUUUAUACUUAAAUGCUCUUGUUUGUAGAAAUUAUACGUUUUUGUUGACAACUCCACCCUCAUUUCAAAGUCCCUACCACGAUGAACUCACUCAACUUAGAAAUUUAAACUUUAUUUUGGUUCUCUAUUGUUUCCCAUAAAGUUUUAAGUCAUUAUUUGGUUUUUCAGAAACGCGUAACUUUUCACGAUUGCCAUAAAACAAACCUAUCUAUACCUAUCUAUAGGAUAACAUUACGAAAAUCCUGAAAAGUUAACGGUUUCAGAAUUAUAACUAAUGAUAAUCUGACUUAAUACUUUCAUUAUUUAUGUCAAACAAAGGGAUCCAAUAAUAAAUUCAUUAUUUAAUGGUGCGCUGUACAAAACCUUGUAGAUAAUUGAGUCUAAAAGAUUCGUUGAGUUCCCUAAUAAUUUAAUAUAUCGCGUGCUGGUGGCGCAUAUUGGAGGGCAGCACGCUAUUUCAGUAUCAUACAAUUCGUAUGACGUUUGAUACCAAUCACUGUAAAAAGUUCAGGAGGGAAAGAAAAGUUACUGUAUUAGUAUUAGUACCCCAUUAUGUCUUAUAUUUUUUACAAGAAAUACUUGUAAAUAUAUAGGUUGUUAUUAUAUGUAUAUAUAGUAACAGGUAAUAUACAUAUUCGUACCUACAUUUAUAUGUAGUGUUUUGUAUGUAUAUCAUUAUCAUUAAGGUAGACGUACCUUCUUAAAAUAUAGACAUAAACAUAUUUAUUCCUUUAAAAAUUAAGUACUUAUAUAUCGGAUUUCACAGUGAUAUUAAUAUUAGGUUACAUUUAUAAUAAUCCUUGUAUAUUUCUUUGUACCGCGCUUGUUGCCCAAUAAAGUUGGAACUUUA